UCAGUUCAGUGAGUCGUUCGAUCGAACUUAUUCCGAACGAUUCGAUACAACUCUAGUAUACACAAAAGGUUUAAAAUAAGUACUUUUCUUGUGCGAUAAACCGCAAAGUGUAUAAAGGACGUGUUAAAACGGCGACAUAAAAGCAGAGUACACAAUUGCAAACCGUAAAAUGGAGCCCAUAUUAUAGUUUCGCGUGAAUCGGCUGCUGGAAAACGUGGUUUUUCAGUUACACACAUAGAAUUGCAUAGUCGGAAAGUCGAAUCAGUGGCAGAGAUAAGCAGGAUCAUGACCUUGGAAACGCAACCGGUUGGAGGUGGCCUAUGCGAUGGCAAGAUUGCUGGACUAUACGAUCUAGAGGAGACUCUCGGCUCAGGCCAUUUCGCCGUAGUGAAACUGGCUCGGCAUGUGUUCACGGGUGCCAAAGUGGCAGUGAAAGUGGUCGACAAGAUGAAACUUGACGAGGUGUCCAAAGCGCAUUUGUUUCAGGAAGUUCGUUGUAUGAAGCUGGUACAGCAUCCAAAUGUGGUGCGUCUAUAUGAGGUGAUUGACACACAGACCAAGCUAUAUCUCGUGCUGGAGUUGGGAGAUGGUGGCGAUCUCUAUGAUUAUAUAAUGAAGCACGAUACCGGGCUAAGCGAGGAGCUGGCACGCAAAUAUUUCCGUCAAAUACUACGCGCCAUCACGUAUUGUCAUCAGCUGCACGUAGUGCACAGAGACUUGAAGCCAGAAAAUGUUGUAUUUUUCGAAAAAUUGGGUUUGGUCAAGCUUACGGACUUUGGGUUUAGCAACAAAUUCUUGCCGGGCCAAAAACUGGAAACCUUUUGUGGCAGUCUCGCAUAUUCGGCACCAGAAAUUCUAUUGGGCGACUCGUACGAUGCGCCCGCCGUAGAUAUUUGGUCGCUGGGCGUUAUACUAUAUAUGCUGGUAUGUGGGCAGGCACCCUUUGAGAAGGCUAAUGACUCCGAGACGCUGACCAUGAUUAUGGAUUGCAAGUAUACUGUGCCCUCGCACGUGACACAGGAAUGUCGCAGUUUGAUUGCCACAAUGUUGGUGCGUGAUCCAAAGAAUCGCGCCACUGUUGAGGAAAUCGCUUCGUCGGCUUGGCUAAAGCAAACCAAUGAGCCCGAAUCUGUGGAACAUUCACUGCCACUGAUCAGCCGGGAGCAGUUAAGCGAAGAGGAUCAUGCCUUCAUUAUACAGAAAAUGAUAAACGGAAACAUUGCGUCCAAGGAAGAGAUAUUGCAAGCUCUGGAUAAAAAUAAGUACAAUCAUAUAACGGCCACAUAUUUUUUGUUGGCUGAAAUUCGUUUGCGCAGGCGGCGAGAGGAGGCCAACAAACAGAAACUACAAGAGUCGGGCCUGAAACUGGGCGAUGUAAAUCGCAGGUUGACAGCAGAUAAGCCGAGUCCAACGGAAAGUCCCAAAGUAGUUGUGCCUAUUAGCAUAAACGUGACACCGGCAGCACAAUUUGGCAAUGAUAAUGCCAAGCCAGACAAGCGCACUCGCAAAUGCAGCAUCGUGCGUGAGGAGGACGAAGAGGAGUCUGCUAAUGAGGGCUGUGGCAUUGGCAAUGAGCUAAAAGUAGCCACAACGCGUCGUGAAUCUAUUUCGGAUGGACGCCUCAAUCGGUCGGUGCAGGAGCGUAGCUGCUCGUCAGCUCCAGCGCCAAUAGCUGAAGUGCCAACAAAUACACGCACAAAGAUUGUUGUGUCCGUUGAUGCGACUCUUGCUGAGAAGCUGAAGCAAAUGGAUAAAUGUGCCAAGGUGGAUGAGGACACAUUAAGCGGCUUAAAGGAACUGGAGAUUGGCAAGCUGAAGCCAUUACCCAGCAGCAGCAAGAAUCCUGUGCUUACGCAUCGUCGUACCAAGCUAAAUAAGAUCCGUACACCAUCGUGCAGCAGCUCGGAGGCAUCCGAUGAUGAUACGAAGACACGCAAUAAGAAGAAGAUUAAUAAAUUUGUCGGCGAUACACCCAUCAGAUUUCGUAUGCAUCGGCGUGACUCGCAUGACGACUCCAGCGACUCGCAGGAUCAAUUAUAUCCACCACCAGGUUCGAAUAGUAGCGGUGCCAAUUUCAUUUCGAAUAGUGGCUCUGGCGUUAGUGGCAAGAAGGAGGGUCAGGGACAGUAUAAAGAGCCAAAUAAAUCCGAAGAAACACGCAAAUCUCACACACAGAAGAAUAGGAAACAGCAUAAGGAACAUGUUGACAAACAUUCCCAAGUGGAAAAACAUCAAUUGGUGUUGUUCGAAAAUGCGAGCACAACAUCACGAAGACGUCGUAUACGCGAAAGCCAAUCCCUGGAUCGAAUUACAGAGGCUCAGGAAUACGAACUGCGCUUUCGCAGCUAUAUAAAUGACAGUGGUGCAACAGCUGCAGCAUGCCAACAACAUAUCGAGCAAAGAAAUUCAUUGAACAAUUUAAACACAUUCUCCGUUGCCGAAACUAAAGAGGAAUAUGAUGAGGAGUUCGACAUCAGAGCGGACAACGAUACUACGGACCAAAUUAUGAACACAUUGAAUGCAGCCAAAGCAACGCUUCAGCAAAAGCAAUAUUUUAAUGACACCAAUUAUAGUAAGAACUAUAAUAGUUAUACUAACAACAACAACCACAAUACUAACAGCAGUAGUAGCAACAACAAUAAUAAUAAUAAUAACAACAACAGCAACACCAACAAAAAGAAAUCCAACGAAACACCAAAAGAUAUUUAUAAUCUAAAUUCAAUCGAGGAAAUCGAUUUGAUUUUGGAAGAUAAAAGCCUUACCAAAGCAAUACAUGUUACCGGCUCUAAAUGCUUUGUCACUAUGAAGAAAAUUCGAAGGCUCGGAAAAUAUUUUCCGGUAGUGAACUUUUCUUAAUAGUUAUCGUUAAAAUAAUAGCUGCAAAGUGCAUUCUAAAUCUUAAAACGUAGAAAAUAUAUAGAAAAUAUGCAUGUACGUAUAUGUAUACAAAAAAAAAUG